GUACCGACUACCAUCCUGGCAACGACGUUGACAACGAGUUCUGAGAUCAUGGACGCCAAUCUGCUCAAGGUACUUGAGGUUCGCCUAAGAAGAAUCGUUUUGGAAUGCUACGAAAUCGCAUUCGCGCUGUGCAACAUGGACAUGGACGAGUUUGGUGCUGCAAAGCUAUUUGACGUCUUCAACCAAAUCUUCACGACAUCCUUCUGUCUCAACACCGGGUAUUGGCCUUUGUACUCAUCGGUAACAGGCCAGUGUCUCUGCAGCUGUGGUAAAUUUGGAGUGCCUUGCAGACAUACCAAGACCGAAUAUCACUGGAUCGACAUGACACCAGUACAACAUCUACCAGGUGGUCCGAUAUUUUAUCCCAAAGUUUAUGGACAAAUUGUACCUAUGAAUUACGAUUUGAAAAUCAAGUUUCCUGUAGGAAAUGGAUACAGCUACGAUAUUAACUUUACAGUCAACGUGCAGUAUAGCAGACCUGAAGGUAGGCCAGGACGUCGGACGCCGAGGGGCAACAUAGAUCUUGCGAAUGGAGACGUCUACAGCCAGGUCUUCGUCAUGCAGAUCUUUUCAAGGUACCACGCGGUCUCGGAGUACUACCCAGGCGCGUGCACAAUACUCUUCCAACCUAACCCAUUCUGCCAACGGCGCUAUGGUUCUUACUUCAAGGAACUCGUCUGUUUGAAAAACCAAGAUCCACAGCUGUUCAACAUGCAACCUCGCACGCUCUGUUUGGCGAGCUCCCAGGUCCCUCCAUCUUCGUUCAUACUCCACGAGGUCAACGUACCUAUCUUGGUCCUGCCAAACCGUAUAUGUGCCUUUGAACCAAAUCCGAUGUACCGCAGGCGGCAGUAUAGUCGAGGUACAAAGAAUAAAGGAUGUCAGACGCCUUGGAAAUUCUUUGCAGUCAAAGACGAAAAUGAUGCUAGGCGCAGGGAUGUUGCUAGCAUUUGGAGCAGCUUUCCCGAUAGCUCUGAAGCGUUGAGCCAGAAUCUGAGGGAGCUCGCGACGAGUUCUAGCCAAGACUUUAUGGCAGAUCGAUCGGACGACUUCUCAGAGUUGCGAGAUUCAGAGGAAUAUGACAACCAACUACCAACUGGCGGUUACGACAGAGUUAUCAGACGUCGUCAAGCAUCUCCGGUAUAUGUCGUCGUCGAAAACCUCCGCCAAGAGGAUUCUAUUCCAAACCGAGGAGUGAAGAGACGACUUACCAACUCUGCUUCACGGGGUGGUCCUGUUACGCCCAGUAUGGUGGCUGAGUUCACAAUGAGUUGCGAAGAAGCAGACUCAACUGUCAGCGAUAAUAUGGCGCUAUCGAGGCCUUCUACCUCUGGAGUGAGCCACUACAAAGUAUCGCAGAAACUGAAGUCCGCCGGUCAGCAAGAUUAUGCGGAGUUUCUCAAUAAGCAUUUUCCACCUCUGAAACCGGUUGCUCCUAAAUCGGAUAUUGAUGAGGAGUUUGAGUUGAUCGAGACCGUAAUUAAAGAAGAUGAAGAGAAUGAUAAAGGAAAGGCUAACGUUAAGAAAGAGGAAGGACCUGGGGCAGGUGGGAUGGAAUAAUUGAGUUGACUUAUUAAUAUAAACUGCUGGUCAGUCGCUUUGCAACACCAGUUUGGUGGAAGGUAUGGCUAUUAGUAAUGUAUCCUCAUCAAAAUAGAUAUGUACUGUAAUUUCAGAAAUUUCGAAUAUCCUCAUAAGCAUUGAUUAACGUAUGCUCUAAUAAUAUGUCCAACCAUAUGCUGUAUUUGGACGUUCAAAGCUCAUUUCACAGUAAUAUUACCGAACUUAUUCCUUUUUCAAUUUGAAAAGGAGGAACCAUCCAUCAAUCUGCGUGUAACAUUGUUCAUCCGCACAAUUUUUCAACGAUAAUAGAGGAAAUCCUAUAACAUGUGGCAACAGCUCGACAGGUGGCAACACUGGCGGGUAAAGACGGUGGUCGACAGAUGGAUAGCUAUGAACAUAAGUCGUUGGUGACUUACUAUUUUCAUGCAGGCAGAUGGAUUUGAGAUCUUGUGGUGGAAUAUGUUAAUCGAUGUUGGUUGAAUUGAUUUGUUACACAUUUGAACGAAAAUUUUAGUUUUACAUCGUAUUUAGAAAGAGCAACUAAACCUCUAGUUUUAUAUAAUAUAUAUUUUGGAAACGCCACCUUAGUAUUUGUAAAAUAAGGUAUACCCGAUUCCUUCAUAAGAGUAAUAGAAAUUAUCACAACCUAAAUCAAUUUUCGAAUUUGUGUAUUGGUGCCUUAGAUUAAAUUCAGUAUUCAUACACAAUUUGCAUAUUUAUGACUUAAAUCAUAUGAUUGCUAGUAACUAUAGGAAUUAUAAUAGCCAGCGAUCUAGUUGAUAAGCUGGUCCCACAUUCAUACCACGAGCACGGCAAAUACCAAGAUUUAUCUUGCUCAUAGUGGCCGUCAUACGUGACCUAAAAUACAACAAAUUUUAUCCGAUGCAGGUUUUGGCUUAAUGAGUGCAAAUAUUCAGGGAUAUGCUUCAUGAUAUGAAGAAGUAAAUUUCUUUCUACAGAGUAUUGAAUUUAUCUGUUUUGUCUUCAAAAGUACUAUUGGUUACAGCAUAUUAUAAGAUAAUGUAAGAUGACACAUUUAAGUAUAAGAAAUUAUACUAUACGGUCACCAGUGGCGCCAUCGCAAACAUGUUUCGUAAUAUCUUCUGGAAAAAAAUUGGUAGCCUGUUGAUAUUUUUCAAUGUGCAAAUUUUUUGUUAGCAGUUACCAUAUUAUCAUAAUAAUCAAGAAGAUAGUAGCAUAGGGUCUUUAUAUAGAAACCGGAAAAAAUAUUCGCUUUGAAAAAUAUCAUGGAAAAUGAAAAAAAAGUCAAAAGACAUGUUUGUGAGGCGCAACUUUUUACCUGAAAUAUAUAAAAUAGCACCCUGUAGCCAUUACGCCUAAAGUCUCUUCAACUUUUCCUCAUUGAUUUAUUUGAGAAAUCACCUCCUGGGUAUUAGCACAGCAUUAAGAAACACUUUGUAAGUGUAUGUUCGAAAAUCUACAGAUUACAAUAUCCAAAAGACUUUGUGAGUAGUGGUGUGUAAAAUUGACUGAUUUUAAUAGUUUAUACUUAAAUUGAUACAGCCAGAUUCAUGAAUACUCCACUUGAAAAAUAGCAACAUACAUACGUCUUUUAAUAGCCAUCGCCAUAAUCAUAAACAUAAGCAUAGUCACAGUUAUAGGUGCUUAUACAACUGUUUUAAUCAUAGUCAUAAGCAGUUGUCUCUUUUGAAUUUGACAUACUAUUAUGUCCUGCUUGAGAAAGAAAAAAAUAACGAACAACUCAAUAAACAAAGUUGCUUUAAAUCUCCUUGAGUAGUUGAACAAUAAGCAAAAUAAUUAUAACACCAUGAACAGGGCAGUAGGUCACAGUUUGAGUUUGCCAUGUGUCAUAAAAUUGUAGGUUACGUAUGCUGCUAGUUAGCUGUCAAGUAAUAGGUUAGGUGACAGUUUUGACAUAUACACUUGGUUAAAUGACGUUUCAUACGUAUAAUCAUAACAGAAGGCUUCAACCACAUUUAUGAUUAUGGUUAUGGUAAAGACAUAUUGUAUAAACUUGUUCAUAAGGUACGUAUUCCAACUCUUAUGUUCAUGUCUAAUAAAAGGUUGUAUAAGCCCGCCAUAAUUCCUCACAAAUAGCCAAUCAACGAUCAAAUGUAAUAAUAAUCCAUCAAAUCAAUGCCGUUUUUCAAACGAAUGUAUCAGAGCUCUUACAUUUCUCGGACCUACUAGAUGCCUUCCCUAAAGCCUGAUGGGUGGCCUUGAUACGCUAUGUUGCUUCAUAACAGCCCCUAAGACGUUGAAAAUCCGGUCAUUGGAGAAAGCAAUAUUAAUACUACUAGUGGCUCAAUAGUGACCUCAAAGCUAUAAAACGCAAUAUCGUCACAUUUGGAUCAAUGAUCAUUGCAAAAUUUUCAGCGUCUGGGAGCUGUUAAGAAGCCAAAUAUCGAAAACGCUUACAGUUAACAGGCUUCAGAAGACUUAUGCUUAAGCAAGUAGUGAAUAAGGGAAAAUCACUGAUGGGUUUGAUGGUGAGGUAGGAAUUGGAUGCAGAUAUUGAACUCCUCUAUCUGCAACUAAGAAGCUCAUAUUAUAAUAAUAAUAACUGGAAGGAUUAUUAUUUGAUCUGGUUACUUGUUGAGAAUCAAAUGUUUCCAUACACCGUUUUAGAACACUGGCGAUAAGAACAAGUUUUGUUAUCAAUUUGUACGUUGGACUAUAUUUUUUGCUGCUGCUGCUAUUUUAUUUUGUGCUGUACUGUGGAACUUUUUGUGAUUUUCUUAGCUUGAUUUACAUAAAUAACGAAAAUCAAUCAAAUUUUCACACAAUCUUUACUUAGUCUUAUUAGAAUUAAUGCCUAAUUAUGGGAGAUUGUUAAAAACCACAGAAAUUGAAAAAUGUCGAAAACAACUGAUUUUCGGCCUCACCUAUAUGUACAUGUAUGGUAACAUUUGUUACAUUUUAUGUCCCAUAUCACGCUCUGGAGUGUGUACGGCGAAUUAUCAGUGACUUUAUUUUAUAUUCAUGUUUAGCUUUAAAAUAUGCCUAUAUUUGUAUCUGUAUAUCUAAAAAUAUUGAAUAAAGGUACCCAGGUAACUUA